AUGAAGAAAUGUGCAAUAGUAAACAGGACAGAAUUGUAUAGAAAAUUGGUCUUAGAUUUUACUUCAGUAGCUCCUUUAUGUGCUUAUCAUGUCUUUGAUUUCAAUGGUUUCCCUGUGCAGUACUAUCCAAAAAGGCAAUUUAAUAGAGACAGCUUUGGAAAUAAAUCAUAUCAAUGUUCCAUGUGUUAUCUAGAAGGUUCAAUCCAAUACAACGUCCUAUUACGUCGUUUGUUAGAAUCAAGAGAUUUAAGCUACUCUUCUGGUAUGGAUGAAGCCAUGCAGCCACCAGGAAUGAGAAGGACCUACCCUUGCCCAAAUUGCAACAAGGUCUACUUAUUUCGGCAAUCAAGACAUCGGCAUCUAAAAUUUGAAUGUGGAAAACGACCUCAGUUUUCAUGUACAGCUUGUGAUUAUAUGUCUUUUCACAAAAAAUUCAAGUAUAGACUUUCAAAAUCCGCUAGUAAAAACCGUAGCUCGAUGUUUCAAUCGGAUCCAUCGAUGCUUUCUUCAAGUUCACAACCUGGAGCUGAGCUUUCGAAUAUGAACUUUGAAUUUGAUUUUUCAAAUUCAAAGCCGAUGACGUUUCCUUGUUCAAAUUGUAAUAAAAAUUUCAAAUAUUACCAGAAUCGAUGGAGACACCAGAAAUACGAAUGUGGGAAAUUGCCGCAGUUUCAAUGCGGAAUGUGCCCUUAUGCUGCACACCAAAAAUCUUCUCUUAAGGGCCAUGUGCAGCGAAAACACGCCGAACAAUUGACUCAAAUCCACGAAAAUUUUUAG